CUGAGCUCAAGAGAAGACCUGUAAGAGCUGAAGGCAGGAAAGAUUUGGGCGACAAAUUGCAACAGCAGUUACCAAGGGCCAUGUACCUUGAAAACUUGGCUAAAAUAGAUGAGGCUGUAAUGGAAUCUGGGUGUAGAGAUGAGGGACCUACUCCACAGGUCCUCAGAAAUAUUUCCAGUGAGGUACGACAGAAAAGUCGUCUUCACAGCAACAAGCUCCUGAGUCUCCAGUUCAUGGUACAAAAGAGGACAAAUUCUCCAGACGAAGUCCUCCAAAAGGUGUUUUUGCACCCAAAAGGAGUGCUUCUCUGGUCUCAAAGGAGCUUCGAGAUCUAUCAGGAGCGCUGCCGGGAGGACAUCGUUUAUCUAGAUGCAACUGGGAGCAUUAAGAAAAAAGAGAAGGGGUCUCCUCCUUUUUAUGUUAAUGAGCUGGUGGUAAGGCACCCACACAAGGGCUCCUCUCCCUUACCUGUGGCUACCUACCUGACAUGUGACGACACCACAGCGUCAGUCACAUAUUUUCUGGAGGCUUUUCUGACUGACGUUGCAAGGGCCUAUGGACGGCAAGCAAUGAGGUCACCCCUCAUGCUAAUUUGCGAUGGGUCAGUGGUGCUAAUGCAAGCAAUAUGCUUGUCAUUUGUGAAGAGGAAUCUCCAUGACACGAUCAACCUGUACUACCGCAUCUCCACUGGGAUAGCAACGAAAGGAGAUUUUGAAGUCCCUGUUCUUCAUCGCUGCCUCAGUCACGUGAUGAAGAAUGCCAAGGAGAUGUGCAGAAAGAAUGCACCAAACCACUACAACCUGGCAAUGCAUGGGUUUGGUCUCUUCACAACUGCCACAACUUUGGAAGACCUAGAGGACAUGGUGCAGAGUGCUACAGUUGUGUUCUCUAGUCCAUCUAGUGAGGCCAAUGUUGAAAAACAUUUUCACAACCUGCAAAAGUGGCUGCAAAACAAAGGGAUCCAGUUGGAUGACACUGCCAAGCCCCAAAGUAAUGCUGAGGACUUGCAGGAAUUCAACGGAAACAAAUUUGGAGAACAUUUCAGGGAAGUGAUUUCCAAAGUGCCACUAGACAUUGAUGGUGAGCCCAACCCUUACUUCAGCAAAGGCCUGGUGUCUCACAUCAAUAAGUACUUUCUGCCCUACGCCCUCUUUCCAGACCCAACUCGGUCGAGGUAUGAUGGCUGUCUAACAUGAG